UGCAAGCAGAUGAUUCUGCUUGAUUUCAAAUGUUGCAGAACUAGCUAAGAACUCCUUCUGUCAUAUAGCUUUGGAGGACCCUUUGCCCCACUGGUUGACUCUGGGCCUGAGUUGACUCUCCCUAUUAAAGUAGAGCUAUUGACCUUCAUGGUAAAUGGGCAUUGUGGUUCUGAAUAAUGCAGGGUUUCUUUGGAGGACACAGGAGGAAAGGAGGUGAAUUGCUGUCUCAGAAGUUCAGAGACUUUCAAGGUCUUUAGUGAUCAAGAGAAGAUAGAUGGGUUUUGUGUAGUUACUAACUAAAGGGCUCUAGUGAAAAAGUGUGAGAAUGAAGUGGCAACCCUGGUAAAUCCUCAGAAAUUCUGGGUGUCUUUAAGGAAAAUAAGGGGUCUUCUGGGCCCAAGCUGCACUGACCUCAAUCUAGUUUAUCUGAAUGUCUUAUGAGUAAAAGUGAAUGAAAGAAGGCUGGGAAAAAAGAAAGGAAUGGAGGGAAGAUAGAAAGGAAAAAUGACAGAAAGAAACAAAGAAGGAAGGGAUGGAGGGAUGGAGGAAGGAAGACAAGAGGGAAGAGAAAGAAAGAGAGAGGAAGGAAGGAAUGGAGAAAGGAAGGAAGGAAGGGAGAAAGAAAAAAGGAAAGACAGAAGGAAAGAGAAAGAAGGAAAGACAGAGGGAGGGAGGCAGGAAGAAAGAAAGGAAGAAUGCACUAAGAGCUUACUAUAUUCAGAGCACUUUGGUAAAUGAUGAGAAUGCAAAUAGUAAGGCAGUCCUAGCUUUAUUUUUUUUUUAUUUUAAUUUUAUUUUAUUUAAUAAUAACUUUGUAUUGACAGAAUCCAUGCCAGGGUAAUUUUUUACAAUAUUAUCCCUUGCACUUGCUUAUGUUUUGUUUUUCCCCUCCCUCCCUCCACCCCCCCAAGAUGGCAAGCAGUCCUAUAUAUGUUAAAUAUGUUGCAGUAUAUCCUAGAUACAAUACAUAUUUGCAGAACCGAACAGUUCUCCUGUUGCACAGGGAGAAUUGGAUUCAGAAGGUAAAAAUAACUCGGGAAGAAAAUAAAAAAUGCCAAUAGUUCACAUUCGUUUCCCAGUGUUCCUUCUUUGGGUGUAGCUGUUUCUGUCCAUCAUUUAUCCAUUGAAACUCAGUUAGGUCUCUUUGUCAUAGAAAUCCACUUCCAUCAGAAUACAUCCUCAUACAAUAUUGUUGUCGAAGUGUAUAAUGAUCUCCUGGUUCUGCUCAUCUCACUUAGCAUCAGUCCAUGUAGGUCUCUCCAGGCCUCUCUGUAUUCAUCCUGCUGGUCAUUCCUUACAGAGCAAUAAUAUUCCAUAACAUUCAUAUACCACAAUUUACCCAGCCAUUCUCCAAUGGAUGGGCAUCCAUUCAUUUUCCAGUUUCUAGCCACUACAAACAGGGCUGCUACAAACAUUUUGGCACAUACAGGUCCCUUUCCCUUUUUUAGUAUCUCUUUGGGAUAUAAGCCCAAUAGAAACACUGCUGGAUCAAAGGGUAUGCACAGUUUGAUAACUUUUUGGGUAUAAUUCCAGAUUGCUCUCCAGAAUGGUUGGAUUCGUUCACAACUCCACCAACAAUGCAUCAGUGUCUCCGUUUUCCUGCAUCCCCUCCAACAUUCAUCAUUAUUUUUUCCUGUCAUCUUAGCCAAUCUGACAGGUGUGUAGUGGUAUCUCAGAGUUGUCUUAAUUUGCAUUUCUCUGAUCAAUAGUGAUUUGGAACACUCUUUCAUGUGAGUGGUAAUAGUUUCAAUUUCAUCCUCUGAAAAUUGUCUGUUCAUAUCCUUUGACCAUUUAUCAAUUGGAGAAUGGCUUGAUUUUUUAUAAAUUUGAGUCAGUUCUCUAUAUAUUUUGGAAAUGAGGCCUUUAUCAGAACCUUUAAUUGUAAAGAUGUUUUCCCAGUUUGUUGCUUCCCUACUAAUCUUGUUUGCAUUCAUUCUGUUUGUACAAAGGCUUUUUAAUUUGAUAUAAUCAAAAUUUUCUAUUUUGUGAUCAGUAAUGGUCUCUAGUUCAUCUUUGGUCACAAAUUUCUUUCUCCUCCACAAGUCUGAGAGAUAAACUAUCCUAUGUUCCUCUAAUUUAUUUAUAAUCUCGUUCUUUAUGCCUAGGUCAUGGACCCAUUUUGAUCUUAUCUUGGUAUAUGGUGUUAAGUGUGGGUCCUUGCCUAAUUUGGCAGCCCUAGCUUUAAAGGAGCUCACAUUCUAAUUGGAUAAACAAUAGCAAUAUAAGUCAGAUGAAAAGGUUCAGUGGUCCUUUGUGUUCAAUGGCAAAGCAGAUGUUAAUGCCUCUUCUUUAAUGUUAUUUCUACUGAAAAGUUAUAUUUUCUGAGGUUGACCCAUUGGGCAGUGAAAAAGGCUUUGGGAGCAAGAUCUCGCUUUUCUGAGUCUUCAUUAGCUGGAGCUGGAGCCCUUGCAGGAACCAUGACCAGGCUGUACCUCCACAGGGGUUCUUUCCAGGAUAAUGGUUAUAUGUAUUCUGCUGCAAGCAAUGCUAUUCCUAUAGCUCUUUGGUUCAGGGUCCUGGGUUGUCUCAGUCAGGGUUCGAAGGGAGAUGGUAGUUAAAGUAACGAUGGUCUGAUUUGCUUGGCACGUGAUGCCUCUCAUAACCUCCUUGGGGGUGCCAUGCUACUAAGACUAAGCUGGCUUGCCUGUCUCGUGAGUGGCAGUUGCUUGAAGCCACCUCUCUGGAUAACGGUCAUAAGGACUGGGCUAGAAGCAAGAUGGGUGGCCAUUUCCAAGGCUCCUCUGUUUAACUAGCUGUUUUCAUGCUCUCCCCCUCAUUAUACUGUGAGCUGCUUGAAUGCCGGUACUGGCAUUUGCCUUUCUUUGUAUCCCCAGUGCCCACAGUGUCUGACAUAUAAUAGGCAGCUAAUACUUGCUUAUUGACCAUCUAACGUGGUGGCAGUUGGUGGUGAUGAUGACAAGGAAGGUAAAUCUCAUCUCCAAUCUGAUUUCUCUUCUCAGCAACAUGAAAAGAAUGUUUAGUGGCUCGUAUUUAAGUGUGAUUUUUUAACAAAUAUUUUAAUAACUUUCAUGUAGAAGAGGCCUGUGUUCUAACUGUUUUGUUUGGCUCCAUAGGGAGGAAUCAGGAACAAUGGAAGGAAGCUGCAAAGGGAUAAAUUCGGUUUAAUGUUAGGAAAUACUUCCUAACAAUUAAAGCUGUUUCAAAGUGGAACGGGCUUUCUUGGAAGUUCUGUGCUGACGUGAUCCAGUGAAGAGUCCAGGAAGGAGCCUUUUCUCCGCUUGCCUCCCUUCUGACCCCUCUCAAGAUGGAGACGCCCACAACUACUUCAAGCCUUGGAGACCCGUCCACUUCGACACUAGCAACCAUGGCUUCGGCCAGGGAGGCUGGGAUGAGGGAAGCCGUGGAACAACUCCAGGCGGGACUGCUCUGGCUCCCGCAUCCAGACAAGGUGUUGAAAUAUAUGAAACGGCUUCAUGAUCUACCAAUGACGGUGAAUGUUCUGGCGGAGACCGGCAUUGGCAAGCUCGUGAACAGUCUAUGUAAAUAUGAAGAGGUGGGUGCCAUGGCUCGAAAUAUAGUGGGGCGAUGGAAAACUCUGGUCUCUGCUGAAGAAGACUUCGACUCCGACUCUGACCCGGACUUAGUUUGGGAGGAGCAGAGCUUCGAGAGGAGUCGCUCCAGGAAACGGCCCCAUGCCAUUUCCAAGGAAGACGACUUCCAGAAAAUGCGGAAAUCUUCAUCCAGCCAGCCACCGAGCCCCAGUUUUGGGGAGAAAAAACACCCAAAGCUCUGGGAGGCAGAGAAAAGCCUCAGAGCCUCGUCUGCUAGUGAGACCCAAGAAGGGAGAAAAGAGUGUGAUCAACGCUUACCGUCGGACCAUCCAAGCAGCGGCCAAGUUCAGUCACAGCCUUCUGACAACUGUCAGCAGCUUCACACAGGCCAUUUCAGCCUCCAGGCAGAGAAAGCUCAGAAAUCGGGGAAAGGCUCAGACCCCCACAUUCAAGACAAAGGAAAGCCCGUCCAAGAGAGUCAACUAGGAGAACCUUCCCAGGUUAAACCAAGGUCUCUUAAUGACGGGAGGAGACACAAAUCGGUAAAUGAGAAAGAAAAAUGUCUACUGGAUUUUGAAAGACAAAAGAAAACGGUGACUUCGAGCAGAGAAAAAGUAUCUGCUACAUCCAAAGAAGUGGGCCCAAAGCCAUCAUCGUCAGGAACUGACACAAAAGAGAAACAGAGCAGCGCUCUGAGAGCAGAUAAAGAUAAAGAGAGCUGCAGUGUCAAAAAGUCUUUUCCUCCGAAGGAAACACAUUUUGUAAAACACAUUUCAAAAACAAAACACCUGGAUACUCCAACAUCCAAACCAGAAAAAAACCAAACACAUAAGGACCCCUCCGAUGUAGGGAAAUCGUUAAAAGACAAGAAAGUGUCUCACAAUGUACAGAUCCAGGAGGGGAAAUCCAAACCCCCCAAAUCCGACAAAAGCACAGAGGGCAGCCUUCUCCAGUCUGUGUUGCCAGAACCAUGUGAUAAAGAUGAGCAGCCCACCACAUCUGAUGGUUCUAAUUCCAGCAUUGCUGGGCAGACACAGCGGAACAGCAGUGUAAAAAUUCCAAAUGUUGUUCGUGAGGAUGAAGGUCACAAUGAAGACGAUGAUGGUGCCAAAACUGAUGAUAGUAAAAGCCCAGAUUCAGUUCGAGAUCUGUCCAAGUCGAAUAAUGGCAGACUGAAUAAAGAACAGUCUGCAAUGGUGUUGGCCAAACUGAGAAGUAUCACCAGUCGUAUUACACCACGCUCAGGAAAUACCUCCGUGCCUACAGUACAAGAAAGUAGCCAACCUACAGAUUCUGAAACAUCUCUCCCCUCGAAACCGAAGAAGAAAAAAACUUCCUCCUACCAUGAAGAAGAAGGAGUUGGAUUUACAGGACGAAGAAUGAAUUCGAAGAUGCAAGUGUACUCAGGACCCAAAUGUGUUUACCAACCAAGAUUAAUAUCUCUUCACCAGCAAUGUAUCAGGGUCCUCAAUAACAAUCUAGAUUCCAUCUUUGAUAUCGGAAACGUACCCUAUACAGUGUUGGAACCCGUCCUGGAGAAAUGUACACCUAAACAACUGCAUCGAAUCGAAGGAUACAAUCAUUUAUUAAUUGGGGAGACCGAUCAAUUAUGGAAAAUUCAUUGUAAUCGAGAUUUUAAAAAGGAAAGGCCAAAAGAAUCUGAGUCCUGGAGAGAGUUGUACCUUCGACUUCAGGAAGCCCGAGAGCAGCGACUGCUGCUUUUAACGGAGAAUAUCCGAUCAGCUCAUGCCAAUAAACCCAAAGGCCGCCAGACCAUGAUGGCCUUUGUCAAUUCCGUAGCCAAACCACCUCGAGAUAUUAGAAAGAAGCAGGAAAAAUUUGGCACUGGCAGAGCAGCUAUUACCGAAACCAGUAAGACCAAGCCUGCCUUACAUCCCCCAGCCAGCCGUUGUAACAGCAAUGAUGUACAAACAUCUGCUGGCCCUAGUACUAGCAGCAUUCAUUCAACAUCAUCAGCUGGUAGCUCUGGUUCUUGUGAUUCCAGAAAAACCCCAGGGAAAAAAAUUGCCCCCAUGAUGGCCAAAACUAUCAAGGCCUUCAAAAAUAGAUUCUCCCGCUAAUAGGCCUUUCCAUAAAGUGACAAUAGGGGUGAAGUAGAAUUUUCUGUGUUUUGGUGGGGAAGGGCAUUUGUGAAAUUAAUAAAAUAGCCUGUAAUCUUUUGCUCCAAAGAGAUCGUUAUUGUCAAAUGAGUUUCUUGAAUUUGCCCAUGGAUUGAUAGCUCUGAGUUUUUUAUACAUUAGUCCCCUAUAAGUUACCUAUAGCUUACAUAUGUAAAUUAUAUAAUACACAUAUCUAAUCUAUAUCUCUCUUUAUAUAUUACCCUGCCUUCUUAACUGACUAAGAUUUUAACUACUCUGGGGAAACAAAUGAAAGCUUGGACUGUAGGAAGAUCUUAGUUUAAUUCAGCCUUAUUAGCAGACCUCUUUAUAAGCUACAAAAACUGUUUUUAUCUGAGAAAUAUUGCCCUAGUUUGUAAGAUCAAGAAAACCUCAUGGAUAAGCUGGUUUUUAACAAAGCAUUUGAUAGCCUUUAAUACUAAGCACAUAGAUGAAGUGUUAUGAGUUAGAUGAUAAUUAACUUGGGUGGAUUCAAAAGUGGUUGAUUGACUUGAAUCCAAAGAGAAGUCAUUAAUAUUUUGAUGUUAGCUUAGAAGAGAGAUCUCUUCGUGCCAAAAAUCUCUGCUUAGUCCUGUCUUUUUAAACAUUUUUUUAUCAUCUUAGAUAAAAGCCAUAGAUUGUACCUCUAUGCAAUUUUCAUUGAGCUGGGAAGGAUGUAGAACAUUAUCCAAUGGCAGAAUCAUGAGUUAGAGAUUCCAACAAAUUAGAGCAUAGGGAUGGAUCUAAUAAGGUGAAAUCUAUUAGGAAGGAAUAGAAAAUUUUCAAUUAUUUAUAAAAUUAUUUUUAAUAAUUCAAUAUAUAUGUUACUAUAUUUAUUAAGCAUAUUUAUAUGAUGUUAUCUUUAUAAAAUCAUACAUGUUUAUUAUAAGAUAGAUAUCAAAACCUCCAAAAGCUCAUACAUGUUUAUUAUAAGAUAGAUAUCAAAACCCCCCAAAGCUUGGACUGCAUUAAAAGAAGUAUUGAUUCCACUGCCAACUGGUCACACCAUAUCUCAGUUAUUGUGGUAUCACAGUUUAAGGACACUAAGAAGUUAGUUCUCACAGGAGGCCAAAAAAUGGUAUAGAAACUAGCAUGGAAAUAUCCAUGAUAAUAUAGAGGUAGUGGCUCCCAGCUCACAAAAUACCUUCUAGUAGACGUUAGAUAACCACUUAUUGCAGAGGGAAUUCUUGUGAAGUUUUGGGUUGAGAAUAAUGGCUCCCUUCCCCUCUGACAUUCUAUGAUCAUAAGAAACUAAAAGCCUAGAAUAUGACAUACAGAAAAGAAAAUUGAUUUGCUGCUCCAAAUGUCAAGUCUUACAGAGUCGCGCAUAUGAUCUUCAGUGUCAAAGAUGGAUUUUCAGCACAAGGCAGCAAUUUGCAUCACUCCUGCUGAGAAACCUGAAAAAUGACUUGUCCAAGAGCACGUAAGCUAGUUGAGUGUCAGAAGCAUGUUUCACCCUCUCAUCUCAACCACAUUCCUUCCUCUGCAACAUGCUGUUAUUCCAUCUCACGAAGUCUGUUAAGCAAAAAGUGAUUUUCAAAGUAUUAUUUUGUUUUAGCUCAAAGAAGUCUUUCACUUUUCCUGACUACUCUCACAAUAGGAUCAAAUAGAAAAAUAAAUUUUUGCUCUCUCAGGUGCCUUUGAAAGAAAAAAUAAGUGUGGAUCUUCAGAAUCUCAUCUGUCACUCACAUUUCUUUUCCAUUCACAUAGAAUCAAGCACUUUAAUUUGUGAUUUAAUUUUUUUUUGAAAUAUGAAACCCAUGUAAUAAAU